CUCCAGCCUUCUCGCCUUUCUCGGUGUUCAAUGCUCUUAAGCCACAAACUCUCUCUUCCUCUCUGCUGUCUCUCUCGCCCCGCUUCUACUGGGAGAUUGUGCUGCGGUGCGAGAGAGAGAUGAUGUCGAGGGAGCGCAAGAAAGCGGCAGCUCUGCAGGAGAAGCUGCAACUCCUUCGCUCUCUCACCCACUCCCAUGCUCUGAGCAACACGUCCAUAAUCAUGGACGCCUCCAAGUACAUCAAGGAGCUGAAGCAGAAGGUGGUGAUGCUGAAUCAGGAGAUCGCUUGCGCGGCGCAAGACUCGUGCAGCAGACAGACCACCUACCCGACGGUGAACGUUGAAACCCUAGGACACGGGUCGUUCCUCGUCAAUGUGUUGUCAGACAAGAGCUGCCCGGGGCUUCUGGUUUCCAUCCUGGAGGCCUUCGACGAGUUGGGCCUCAGCGUCCUCCAAGCCACGGCCACUUGCGCGGAUACUUUCCGCCUAGAAGCCAUAGGAGGGGAGAACCUGGUGGAGAACGUGGAUGAGCACGUCGUGAAGCAGGCCGUGCUGCGGGCCUGCUCCUCGCACAGCGGCGGCGGCGGCAACAAGCAAACAUAGCGCAAGCUAGCAGAUCCUCGCCCUCGCCCUCGACCGUCAAGCAUCUCAAUAACAUAUAGUAUUGGUUAAUCUGGUCUAUUGAUUCUCCCUCUCUCUAUAUAUAUCAUAUAUCUCCCUACCGUUCCUUC